GCUUGGACUCUGCUCAGAGGGCUCUGUACAUUGAUGUGAUGUUGGAAAAUUACAUCAACUUGGUCUCUGUUGGACUCACUGAUGAAGUGGAACAGGGAGUGCUGGAUGGUGAAGAGAGAGAAGACUGUAGCAAAGGAUCCAGGUACAAAAGUACAAGAAGAGAAAAAUCAGAAAAGGACAAUAGGGAGAAAUGGCUGGUUCUCCAGUAAAUACAUUCCAGGGUCUGUUGACAUUCCGAGAUGUGGCUGUGGACUUCUCCCAGGAGGAGUGGGAAUGCCUGGACUCUGCUCAGAGGGCUCUGUACAUUGGUGUAAUGUUAGAGAAUUAUAGCAACCUGGUGUCUGUGGGUAUUAUUGUGUGCAAGGCAGACCUGGUCCCCCAUCUGGAGCAAAUCUAUAUACCCUGGAAUGUGAAGAGAGAGGAGAUGGUGGCUAAACCAGGUAGAGAGAACUAUCGAAUGUGCAGUGAAUCUGAGAUUGUCUUCUAUGAAGACUCAAAGAGUAUCAUCUAUGAGCAUGUGGAUAUGCAAUGGCAGUACAGUGAAUGCAAUGAAAUUGGCAAAAUGCUUCCCGAAUCCUCGGGAUGGAUACUUUGCAAAACAAAUAAUACUCCAGAAAUCUGCAACAAAUACAGAUUUGGUAACCACAAGGAUGCGUAUAUUGAAUCAACAAACCUCAGUAGACAUAAAAGUAUGCACACUGAAGAAGAACCUUGCAAAUAUAAAGACUAUAGCAAAUCUUUAAGUUUGUUUUCAAACGUAAGUCAGAGUCAUGGAAUCUACAUAGGAGAGAAAGAAUAUAAAGAAUGCGAUAAAACUUUUGGCUCUUUCCCAAAACUUGUACAGCUAAGAAUCCAUAGUGGAAAAAACCCACAGAAAUGUAGGAAAUGUAGAACAGGAUUCAGGACCUGCUCAAGCCUUAGUACACAACAGAGAACUUAUACUGGAGAGAAACCAUGGAUAUGCACAGAAUGUGACAAGGCUUUUAGGUGGUUGUCAGAUCUUAAAACCCAUUACAGAAUCCAUCCUGGAGAAAAGCCUUUCAAAUGUAAGGAAUGUGGCAGAUCUUUUACCUUCUGCUCUUCUCUUAGAGAACAUCAGAACAUCCAUAAGGGAAAAUUGUACAAAUGUUGGAAAUGUGACAAAUCCUUUACCCGGUGCUCAUCUCUUAGAGCACAUGAGAAAAUUCAUACAGGAGAGAAACCUUUCAAAUGUAAGGAAUGUAUUAAGUCCUUUUAUAUGCUGUCCCAGCUUAGAAAACAUGCCAGAACACAUACUGGAGAGAAACCAUACAAAUGUAAGGAAUGUGACAAAUCCUUUACCUACUCCUCAUCUCUUAGAGAACAUCAGAACAUGCAUGCUGGAAAACUAUAUAAAUGUCAGGAAUGUGACAAGUACUUUACCCGGUGCUCAUCUCUUAGAGCACAUGAGAAAAUUCACACUGGAGAGAAACCUUUCAAAUGUAAGGAAUGUGGUAAAUCUUUUUAUAUGUUGUCGCAACUUAGAAAACAUGCCAGAACUCAUACUGGAGAAAAACCAUACAAAUGCAAAGAGUGUGAGAAAUCCUUUACUCAGUGUUCAACCCUUAGGAUACAUCAGAAAAUUCAUGCUGGAGAGAAACCCUACAAAUGUAAAGAAUGUGGUAAGUGCUUUUAUAAGUUGUCAUAUCUUAAAGUCCAUUAUAGAACCCAUACUGGAGAGAAGCCUUACCAAUGUAAAGAAUGUGGUAAGGGCUUUUCCCAGUUGUCUUGUCUUAAAAGCCAUGAAAGAAUCCAUACUGGAGAGAAACCUUACAAAUGCAGUGAAUGUGACAAAUCCUUCACACACUGCUCAACUUGUAGGAGACACCAGAGCACUCAUGCUGCAAAGCUUUACAAAUGUGAAGAAUGUGACAAAUCCUUUGCCAAACAGUCAUCUCUCAGAACACAUCAGAAAGUUCAUGCUGGAGAGAAACCUCAUGCUUGUAAAGAAUGUGGUAAGGCCUUCUAUCAACUAUCACAUCUGAAAGUACAUUACAGAAUCCAUACUGGAGAGAAACCUUAUAAAUGUGAUGAAUGUGAGAAAUCAUUUACGAAAUGUUCAUCUCUUAGAACACAUCAGAAAAUUCAUGCAGGAGAGAAACCUCAUGCUUGUGAAAAAUGUGGCAAGGCCUUCUAUCACUUAUCACACCUUAACAUCCAUUACAGAAUUCAUACAGGGGAGAAACCUUACAAAUGUAGUGAAUGUGACAAAUCCUUUACCACACUGGCAAACCUUAGAAGACAUCACAGACUUCAUACUGGGGAGAAAACUUCCAUAGUAAAUAAUGUGGUGUAUGCUUUUCCGAAAAUGCUGUCCUUAGGCACCACUGGAGGCUCCACUCCAGAAAAACAUUAUGAACAUGAGAAAUCUGAGAAGGCCUUUACAGAAUAUUUAAAUCUUAGAAAACAUCUAAAGUUUAUAGUGAAAUGUUAUACUAUUGGAAGCUUUUCAUUAAAACAUUAUACUUGUUCAACCUCAAAAAAUUUAUAAUGAAGACAAUGUGUUAAUCUAAAGAAUGCUACCAAACCUUUAGUUAUUCCCUGAAAUAAUAUUAGAGAGAAAUCAUACAUGUUUGCCAUUGUGCUAUAUUCAUGCCUCACUGCACAGUAGAAAUUCCUCUCUAGAGACCCUAAAGAAAUAUCAUUGAAUUUGGCAAAGCCUGUUCCUACUAGACUUCUGGAAAUUCUUCCUGAAGAAAAACCCAAGAAAGUGCUUUAAUAAAGGCACCCUUGUUUUUUUUUUUUGUU